AUGGUGGGUGAAAUCGGCGGCAACGAUUAUAAUUAUACAUUCCUUCAAUACUUUGAUGAGGCUAGAGAUACGCUUAGGAUUCAAGACUUGGUACCUCUAGUUGUUGCCAAAAUUAAGCAUGCUGUUGAGAAAGUUAUUAGUUUUGGAGCAAGGACAAUAGUGGUUCCUGGAAACUUUCCGAUGGGUUGUCUGCCAAUUUAUCUUACAAAGUUUGGGCUAGAAAGUGAAGUAGACGAGUUCGACCAGAAUCAUUGCAUAUGGCUGUUAAACAGCUUUGCAACUUUCCACAAUGAUCACCUAAAGAAGGCGAUUGCCAAGCUGCAAGAAGAGUACCCACAUCUUCUCAAACUAGGUGAACCUAAAGGUUUCGAGCUACACAAAGCUUGUUGUGGAGUUGGAUGGCUGUACAACUUCAAUCAGACACGGAUGUGUGGAUUUCCAGGUGUUACGACUUGCCCUGAUCCCGAAAGAUACAUCAGCUGGGAUGGAAUUCAUUUAACACAGGAGGCUUACCGCAUGACAGUGGAUUGGUUGCAAGCUGAUCUUUUCUGGAAAUUGCGCUGCCAUCAUUGA